CUCACUCUGCAGACAACGAGGCUGAAGAUGGGCUCUCUUCGCUGGGCUCGGAGCUCUGGGCAGCCCUGGGGUGCUGCUGGGUCUCUGUGGGGUUGGGCGGUGUCGAGGAUAAACCUGGACUGGACGACAAGGAUAUUUCAGGAGGAUGAAGAGAUGCUGAUUCUGACCCACAGUGACGAGCUGAACAGAACCUAUGGUGAGGACAUCAGAUUGCCUUUUGACAACAUCACAAACACAGCUAACACAAGCUCUGAUGACACCAGAGGAAAUAGGACCUCAUUCAGAAGACACAGUCUGUCUUUGACUGAGCAAGUUAAUCCCAGUAUCCCAGCAUCCACCAGCACCUUACUGCAGGAGAGUCCAGCUUUCAAAGAAACCAGAGCCACUGCCAUCUCCACCGGACCCAGAACCAUCACUAUAACUUCAGCCGUUUCCUCCGUAGACUCCCUUUGCUUCAAAAACACAAGAAGCUAUGGCAAAGGAAGACGAGCCUCUGAGACACAAGCUGACAAGAUGGGAAGCAACAGUAAGGAGAACCAGAACCAGGGUAACAAGAGAGGAUCCUACAGGCUGUUUAGAGGGAACAUGCACAAACAGAGACUUUCAGAGGAUGGAGAGGAGACCAUGGAGGGGACGUCUCAGUUCUGUACCAGCCUUGAAGAUGAGAGAGCAAGGAUGAGUUUGACUAAUCAUGUUCAGAGCCCCGAUACCGACACAACAGGUGUGAGUCAUUCUCCCACCAUCACUGCCUGGGAGGCUGGCUGGAAUGUCACAAAUGCUAUACAGGGUAUCUUUGUGUUGGGUUUACCCUUUGCUCUGGUCCAGUCAGGUUAUCUGGGUCUUCUUCUGAUGGUUCUGUCAGCUUGGGUCUGCAACCACACAGGGAGGAUACUGGUGGCCUGUCUGUAUGAAGAGGAACAAAGUGGUGGCACAAUGUCAAAAGUCAGAGUCCGACACAGCUACCAGGACAUAGUGGAGGCCUGCUGCAAAGGACUGUGGCCACACUGGCCUGGACUCGGGGGGUGGAUGGUUAAUGUAGCUCAGGUCAUCGAACUGUUGAUGACCUGCACCCUGUAUCUCGUCGUCUCCACCAGUCUGUUGUCUGACAGUCUCACAGGGGUGGCUGUUCCUAGAUCAGUGUGUUCUCUGGUGUCUCUGAUGUUCCUGCUGCCCUGCCUGCUGCUGACUGAUCUCAGGCCAGUCUCCACUCUAAGCCUACUGUGCUCCUUGGCUCACAUCCUGAUCAGCCUGUUGGUCAUGCUAUACUGUCUGAGUCGAGCCAGCAGCUGGACCUGGUCCACUCUCUCCCUGUCUGCGGACCCAGAGGACUUCCUCGUCUCUGUGGGCGUCAUCAUCUUCUCCUACACCUCGCAGAUCUUCCUCCCUCCUCUAGAGGGCAGUAUGGAGGACAGAGGGCAGUUUAAUGCCAUGCUGGGGUGGACUCAUGGUGCUGCCUGCAUCAUGAAAACUCUGUUUUCUUUACUGGCCGUGUUGACGUGGGGCACAGAGACCAGUGAGGUCAUCACAGACAACCUGCCCUCUGACCUUCGACCUCUUGUCAACCUGUGUCUGCUGGCUAAAGCCCUGCUGUCCUACCCUCUGCCGUUCUACUCUGCUGCUGAGAUACUACAAACCUGCCUGCUUGGAGAUGUGUCAUCGUACUCCAAGCACGGAGGUCGAGGUGUGUCUCGCCCAGCCCUGUUGGUCCGUGCCACCUUGCUGAUGACAUCAUACCUACUGGCCCUGCUAGUCCCCAGGUUCUCCCUGUUGAUGGGUUUGACGGGCAGCGUGACCGGGGCGGCCAUGACACUCAUACUGCCGUGUCUGUUUCACCUCAGACUGCAGUGGGGCUGCCUCGCUGUGAGGGACCGGCUGAUAGAUGUGUGCAUACUGAGUCUGGGGGUCAUCUGUAGUGUGUCUGGUGUGUUUUGUUCAGUGAAGAGACUGGUGGGAGGACUGUAGGAGGAAGGAGUGAUAGAUGGAUGGAUGGGUGGAUGGAUGGAAAGUCAGAUGUCUGGACAAGUCAAGUAGGUGAUUUCAAAGAAAAGAACUGUUGCAAGCUCUCCUUUAUAAUAUUUUUUGUAUUAGAAACUGUAUCAGUGCAUGAUUACUCUAGUCCUAAAAGAUAGUUACUAACUCAAAAUAGCUUUUUGACAUAUUUGUUGAAACUGUUACUAUAUUCUAAACGAGACGAAAAUGAGACAGAAUCAGAUGGCAGCACAGUCAGUAACAACCAAUCAAAGCUCAAAACUUUGUAACACAGCUGUCAAUCAUGUCAAUUACUCUUUGAACUGCGGUCAAGCUGUCAAAUUAGGCAGCACUGAUCAAAUUUGAAUCAAGAUUCUAUAACUUCAUGCCUUGAUUUGCAUUUCCAUUAUCAGUUUAAACUUGCUAAGUUGUGCCAAGUUGUACCCAAGUUGGACUAUCUCUAGAGUCAGAUCAAAGCGCAUCCGACUGCCUCUUAGCAGGUUGCGGUGUUGUCCAAUGCGCUUCUUGAUCAUUCAUGGAACAUUUGGCGUCAACUUCAGGUUCCUUCUCCUCUUCUAGAUCUAUUACGUCAUUCCGUCUCAGUUUCUCAAGCAAGAAGCAUAGAUGCCAUCACAAUCAGUCGUUGAACAGUGCUAAAGAUAGCACUUCUUUUAAAUGUCAUUGACUCAAGACAAGCACAACAUCAGUUAAAUACACACCUUCAGACGGGUCCUGUUGUAAGAGAUGGAAAAACCCCAUUGUCCCAGUCUGAUGCUAAGUAAGUAAAACUAAGUCGAGCCAAGCCAGCACAUGUGUAUGGAAAAUAGCUAUACUUGCCAAGCAGACAGAAAGGGCAGAGCCUCCCAGUGGCCUACAAAUCAGUUAUUGCAGGCUUAACCAUCCUCACACUUACAAAUUCUAAAACAGUCGAAAAGGCCUGUUCACUUGAGAUAGAGUUCAAAUUCUUAAGUGUUGCUUCAAUAUGUAGAUACAUUUAUCUUGUAAGUAAUAUGGUCUUAAAUACUGGAUUUUGGUAUACUUUCACUGUAGUUCCACUAGUAACUGCCAUCGAAUCAACAAUAAGAUUUACUCAAAAACAAAAAUUUAAUUGAUAAAUUAUUACAUUUUAAGUGACAAACUGUGAGUCUGGUCAGGUGGAAAAUGCUCAGCAUUAACAAAGCCAGACAAAACUGGAAUAGAGUGGUUAUACCUCUAGGUUAUAUUAGAUAUUAUCUGCAUAUAGUGGGAAAGUUUAAUAAUAUAGUAAUGAGUAAGUCAGUGUAUAUUCUGUGGCAAUACAAGGACAGUGAAAUCCUCUUGCUGAAAUAUUACCCAUAAAUAUUACAAAGGGUGCAAAGUAGAGUGAUUGAUGGGACUUGAUCAGCAAUACAAAAUAACAAUCUGUAUUUCUGACGCAUGUUUCUUGAAGCUUCCUAUAGAUUCACCUGUCAUCGCUGGAGAUGUUUGUGGCAUUCCAUUAACCACACCAUCAAAAUGUUAAAAAAAAAAAAUCUCAUUCCCAACGGUGUCUUGUUUUUAAGAAGAAGUAAAAGCAAGUAAUUCAUAUUUUUAUGAUUGCAUUGGACAGCAGAAGAGGAUUGUCACAAACUUGGUAAUAGAAUGUCAACAACGUCCCAGGUUUUGUUCAAGUAAAGCGUGGCGUUUUGUUACAUAUGCUGUAAUUCAAAACUGAACUAUAAAAAGUGCAAAUUUUGUUCCAGACUAUGGUGUUGCUGUAAGAAGACAAGAUAAUUGUGGCCAUUAGUGGAACAGACUGGACAACAAUACAAUUAACUCUAUUUCUGAAGCUUUAAUGUACAGAUGAACAUUUUUGCUGUGCGGUAUUAUUGUAAAAAUGUAGGCUGUGAUAUAAAUGUGUGCACUUUAUCUUUGUUUUGGAAAUGGUCCAAUUAGCC